AUGGCCCGAGUCUCGGCGAUGAUCAGCCCGGUCCUGGUGCUCUUCGGCUGCGACCUGUGUUUCGUGCGAGCCAACAGGCCACCGUCCCCUGUCAACGUGACUGUGACGCAGCUGAAGGCAAACUCUGCCACGGUCUCCUGGGACGUACCAGAAGGAGACGUGGUCAUCGGCUAUGCCAUUCUACAGCAGAGGCAGGACGGACAGAUGCAGCGCUUCAUCCGUGAGGUGAACACCACCAACCGUGCCUGUGUGCUUUGGGACCUGGCAGAGGAUGCUGACUACAUCAUCCAGGUGCAGAGCAUUGGCCUGUACGGGGAAAGCCAGGCUAGCAAGCGUGUCCACUUCCGCACCCUGAAGGAGACCGACCGCCUGCCUUCCAACAGCUCCAACCAAGGUGACAUCACCAUGGAAGGGCUGGACAAAGACCGGCAGCUGCAGACAGGCGAGAUUAUUAUCAUUGUGGCUGUGCUGCUCAUGUGGGCAGCGGUGAUCGCCCUGUUCUGCAGACAAUAUGAUAUCAUCAAGGAUAAUGACUCCAACAACAGCAAGGAGAAGACAAAGCCAUCCUCAGAGCAUAGCACGCCAGAACGGCCAAGUGGAGGGCUGCUGCGGAGCAAGAAGAAAUCUCCCUCAGUCAAUAUCAUCGAGGUGUAAGUGCAACACCAGCUCUGCCAUCUGGGAUCUUGGGUGUCCUGCCAGAGCCAAAGCAGGCCUUGGAAGAAGAGGCAGCACCAGGUGCACAGCCUGGAAUUCAGCAUGUGACGAUCCACGUUAUCAGAACUCCCGCUUUCCUGAGGGCACCUGUCUGGGGAUGCGCAUGGAGCCAGCUCCCAAGCCAUGCAUGCAGAGCAUGGCCCUGCCCAUCCCACGCACCUGGCCCUCCUCCCCUCCCGGUGGGAAGCAUGAAGCUGAGGACGGGUGGGAGGGAGCCAAGGGGAGCCGACGGGCUGAUGCACUGGCCUGAGGGGAGGCCGUGUCCCUGUGCACCGGCUUGGCCAAAGCCCUGGGUGCAGCUGUGGCCCUGGAUGCCUGUCCAGCAUCGGGGGGCAGACCUUGCUCUCAGCUGCCUCUUUGGCUUUGGGGGUUGCUUGCAGAGAGCAGGAGGUGCUCCCCUCAGGAGCCCGGGGCUGAGGGAACAAGGCAGUGCAGGCUUUGCCCCAGCUCUGCCAGGAGAGCUGUGGCCAGCUGGCAGGAGGGUCUGUGUGUGGAGCUGGGCCCAGCCGGCACAGGGGAUGAGUGGAUUGCUGCUGGAAAACUGGGCUCCACUGCACCCUGUCAUGACCAUGCAGGGGCUUCAAAUUCUCUGUCUACUGCAGAGGACAAAGACACGAGGGAUGAGGGACGAUGAGGAGCUGAUGCUGUCACAGUGCCUGGCCAGCCUGCAAAGCCUGCAGCUGGGGCAGGGAGUGCUGGGGGAAGCCCCACAGUGCUGUGGGAGUGGGCAGCGUCAGGGCACGGCUGUGGCUGUGUUGUGUCCCCAGCAGGGCUCAGUGCUGGCACAUUCAGCCUGUUUGAGGGGAGCUGCCAAGCACUUUUUGAGCAGCACAGUGCCAGUGCUCCCUGGAGGAGACAAUGUGGUGAGGCCUGCAAGGUCUCAGUUGGAGGGAAUGGGGUGAAACAAGGAGGCUCCCUGCUGCCCUGGCUGCCGCUCUUCCUCCAUGCUCUGCUCUGAAGCCUGCUACAGACAAGGUCUGCAGCCCUGGACUUAAGCAUCACAGGAUCCAGCGUCUUCCAGGAAUAAAUCUCCCAGUAAAAGCACUUUCAGAACUUUUCUUUCCAGGUGCUGCUCAGCUCCUGCUGCAGGACUAGGCAGGGAAGGGACAGGACAAGCAACUCCUGUGGCAGGGUAUUUUCAAUAAAAGCGUCCUGGCUCAAAGGCAGCAUCAGA